AUGGCUAAACACUUGUUUGCCAGGGUCACUGCCCUCAUAGUCUCCGUCUUCGUUUCUUUGGUCGCUGGCACGCCCUACCUAUAUGGUAUCUAUGCUCCUCAAUUGGUCAGAAGGGUGGGACUUUCCACUUCAAAAGCUGCUAUGAUCUCGUUAGCAGUGACGAUUGGCACUGGCUGUGGUGGCUUGCCAGCGGGUCUUCUUAUAGACAACUUUGGGCCUCAUCUCCUGAUACUUAUUGGCUCUUCGUGUAUCUUUUCAGGAUACUUCGUGCUCAAUCGCAUAUACUCGUUGCAGAUUCCGAAUCUUCUAUUGAUCUGUGCUGCAAUGUGCCUUGUGGGCUUCGGAUCAGGAACCACUUUCUUUUCAUGCUUGAAGGCAGCACAAGCAAAUUUUCCCAAUCAUAGAGGCUCGGCUAGUGCUUGGCCUAUUGGCGCCUAUGGUCUUGCAGCGACGGUGUUUCUGUUGAUAGCUGCUGCGUUCUACGCGGAUGAUACUGGUAACUUACUUUUGUUUUUAUCUCUUGUCUGCGGGUUAGUAGCUUUCAGUGGCUCUUGGUUUAUUCAUGUUUAUGAUCUUCAUGAUGAGCUGCCCUCAGAUCAAGAGUCUUCCGGAGACCUGACACCAGGAUUGCAUCGCCUGUCUUCAUUCUUAAACAAGCUUGCCUUUUGGGGCCUCAACAGAUCAGAUUCAAGUUUAAGUGUGGAACAGCGCCCGCUUCUACAAAACCAGCAAAGCCCUCGAAAGGUACCCACAAAAUCAAAGUCUCAAAGCUCGUUCACCAAUAGCACAGACAAUUCCAAAACGAAGGAUUCUGAACUAAUUGUAUCUUUGAGAAGUUUGGACUCCCCUAAAGAUAUCGUCCUUGCGUUGCUACGUAACAGGUUGUACCUUAUUCACUAUCUUAUUUUGGCGUUGUGCAGUGGAAUGGGUCAAAUGUACAUAUACACUGUGGGCUUCAUUGUCCGUGCUCAAUUCUUCCACGAGCCAGGCCUGUUUGAGACAUCGGCUUCUCUUCAAGCAUUACAGGUCUCAGUCAUCUCGAUCGCUCAGUUCUUUGGACGGAUAGCAUCUGGUAUGUUGUCUGACGUUGUCAAGAAGAAAUUGCAUGCUCAGCGGCAAUGGCUUGUGUUGGUCUCCAUCAUGCUCAUGAUGGUUGCACAAAUAAUGCUCAUAUUCACCAACAGCGUUUAUUUAUUAACCUUGAUUUCGACAUUUAUGGGGUGUUCCUAUGGUAUGUUGAAUGGAAACUACCCAUCUAUAUUUGCCGAUACCUUUGGUACCAAACACUUCACGACAGCUUGGGGUUUAUCAUGUUCUGGUCCGAUCAUUAUCUUAUACCCACUACAGUUAUACUUUGGCUGGAUUUACGACUCUAACGCUGAAGCCAAUGGUAAAUGCUAUCUUGGAAGAGAGUGCUACCUGGGGGCAUUUCAGGCAAGUAUAGUGCUCAGCUUGAUAACUUUUGGUAUCACGUCAGCGCUCAUCUAUAACCAAAGACAACGAUGA